UAGAAAAUGUUGAAAGAUGGCUAAUAUUUAUAUUUAAUGAACAAGAAUAUUCUUUUAGUCAUCGAAUGAUUUUUAUUCCUCGAUUAUUUCCAAAUAAACAAUUAAAAUUUUAUUCUGAUAUUUAUUGUCUUCAUCCAGACAAGCAACAUUUAAUUGGGGAAGAAGAAACAGAAAUAAGAAUUAUUUUGAUGAGAAAGGACAGAACAAAACCUGUUUGGUCUGCUAAUUUUCAAAUGCCUGCAAGUGAAUUGUUAAUUGAGUAG